CACAUUGGAGAGGUUUCUGAUCAACCCGUUGACCGACGAUGUGACUGUGUUUCUUAAAGGUACGGCGACAUGGUUCCCAACACCAUCGCGGGGAAGAUCUUCGGCUCCAUCUGCUCGCUCAGCGGCGUUCUGGUGAUCGCUCUGCCGGUGCCCGUCAUCGUGUCCAAUUUCAGCCGGAUCUACCACCAGAACCAGAGAGCGGACAAGAUGAGAGCGCAGCAGAAAGUGCGCAUGGCUCGGAUCCGCAUGGCGAAGAAAGGAACCGUCAACGCCUUCCUCCAGUACAAAACGGACCGAGCCCUCGGGGUGAGAGACGCGCACACACACACACACACACACGCACACACACACACACACGGCCGAUAGUUUCUCACUAUCGAGCAGGAA